GUAGCAGCACCGGAUAGGCUGCAAUCCCGGAAACGGCAACGUUUUCAAGCUAGCUGCUUGUGUUUUUGGAGAAAUAUGACAUCUUCUUAUUAAUUGUUUUUAUUUAAAAGGCUUUCUUCUUAAGAACAGACCACUAAGCUACAGGAAUAUCAGUAACUUUGGAGCGAGACGUUCAGGUUUUCAGGCAGUGGCUGUCAGUUUUCUCCUGCCAGCUGGACACUCGUCAUCUUUGUUUAUCGUCAUUUUGUCUGUCCGGUUGUCAGCUGGCCGCUGUAUUGCAGUAUGGACGGUGAGGCGGUGGGCUCGGACACGGUGUCGGAGGACUCCGGCCCCGGCAGGAGGCAUAGGGUGCACGGCAUGUUGAAGCUCUACUACGGGCUGAAUGAGGAAGGAAAGGCCGAGGAGCAGCCGGAGUCGCUGGAUCCCUGCGACAUCAACGGGCCGCAUUUCGACCCGGAGCUCUUCCUCAACAAGCUCAGAAGGGAGUGCUCUCUUGCGGAGUUGAUGGACCAGGAGACCUGCAUGGUCAAGCAGAUCCGCUCUUUGGACAGUGACAUGCAAACGCUGGUGUAUGAAAACUACAACAAGUUUAUAUCUGCAACAGACACCAUAAGAAAGAUGAAGAACGACUUCAAAAAGAUGGAGGAUGAAAUGGAUUGUUUGUCUGCUAACAUGGCGGCAAUCACUGAGUUCAGUGCUCGUAUCAGUGGCACUCUUCAAGACCAGCACGCGCAGAUUACUAAACUCUCAGGGGUUCACACUCUGCUGAGGAAGCUGCAGUUUCUGUUUGAACUGCCUGCCAGAUUAAAUAAGUGUCUGGAGCUGCAGGCCUAUGCUCAGGCAGUGAGAUCCCACCGCCGUGCCCGCUGUGUGCUGCAGCAGUACAGCCACCUGCCCUCCUUCAAGGGAAUUCAGGAUGACUGUCACGCCAUCAUGGACAAGCUGGCACAGGAGCUUCGACAGAAGUUCAGGGAUGGUGGGUCAAGCGCCAAAGAUUUAUCAGAGUGUGUGGAGCUGCUGCUACAGUUGGAUGAGCCAGCAGAGGAGCUCUGUGACAAAUUCCUGAGCCAUGCACGAUCUCGACUUGAGUCAGACCUUCAGGGUCUGGAAGCAGAGAUAAGACCCUACCCGUCUGCCUCAGCCAUGAAAGAUGCUUCUGGACACAGGUUGUCAUCUACUGCAGCCGCUGGAUCUCCGACUUAUAACUCCCCUAAAACGAGCACUAUACCUUCUCCCACCUCAAACACUGACAUCCUGGAAUUCAUUGACAGAGGCUGCAAUGAAUUUGUCAGCAGCUUAUGUUUAGUAAUUACAUCCUAUCAAGAACUAUUUAUCAACCAUGCUCAGAAAGGAGAGUUGGCAUCCAAAAAUAUUCCUCAGAUGGCAAAUGGGAAGUUGAAUGCCUUUGUGGAUGAUCUGGCUGCUCGGUAUUUCUCGCUUGUGGAGCGGAGGAUACAGGAGGAGAAAGGGGUUGCAGAUAACUCCCUCUUAGUCCGCGCACUCGACCGCUUCCACCGCAGACUUCAGGCUGUGACCAAACUGCUUCCAGGCUCUGCUGUGCCAAACCAGGGGACUGAAAUUGUGAUCCGGGCAGCAACAGAGCGAGUCAAGCAGUACCUCUCUGCCCUGCAGAGCUUCUACAUGGACAGCUUGACGGACGUGAGGCAGGCCCUGGCGACACCUCGGCUCUCUGUGGCCAGUGCUUCAGUGGCUGGAGGCGGGGCCCACCUAGGGGGGCCGGCCUCUGGCAGAGAUGCUCCAAACAGCCUGCCAGAGCUGCUCUCCUCCCUAUCAGCCUCAAUUCUCAAUCAGAUUAAGUCGGUGCUUGCAUCAGUGCAUCUCUUCACAGCUAAGGACAUUACAUUUUCCAACAAGCCGUACUUCAAGGGUGAAUUCUGCAGCCAGGGUGUGCGUGAGAGCCUGGUGGUGAGCUUUAUAAAGUUUGUGUGCCAGUCUUCACGCCAGUUUUGUGAGAGUGCAGGAGACAAGGGAGGUUCGACUCCUCCGGCCCUUCUGCUGCUGCUGUCCCGCCUCUGCUUGGACUAUGAAACAUCUACUAUCUCCUACAUACUCACUCUCACAGAUGAACAGUUUCUUGUGCAGCACCACAGUCCCGUAACACCCGUCACAACUUUAUGUGCAGAAGCCAGGGAGGCAGCACAGAAACUACUGAACCAUUAUGUAAAGGUUCAGGGCCUGAUUAUCUCCCAAAUGUUAAGAAAGAGCGUGGAAACACGAGACUGGGUGAACACCAUCGAGCCACGAAAUGUCCGUGCUGUGAUGAAGAGAGUGGUAGAGGACACCACCUCGAUUGAUGUGCAGGUUGGUCUUUUGUAUGAAGAAGGUGUGAGGAAAGCACACAGCAGUGACUCCAGCAAAAGGACUUUCUCUGUCUAUAGCAGCUCGAGGCAGCAGGCCCGCUAUGCUGCCAGCUACACUCCGAGUGCUCCCAUGGAUACUAAUCUACUGAGCAACAUACACAAACUGUUUUCAGAGAGGAUCGACAUCUUCAGCUCAGUGGAGUUCAACAAGGUCUCUGUGAUGACAGGAAUAAUUAAAAUCAGUUUAAAGACAUUCCUGGAGUGUGUCCGCCUGCGCACCUUUGGCCGGUAUGGGCUGCAGCAGAUCCAGGUUGACUGCCACUAUCUGCAGAUGUACCUAUGGCGGUUUGUCUCCGAUGAAAACCUUGUGCACUUCAUGCUGGAUGAGAUAGUGGGGAGCUCCGCCCACCGCUGCCUGGAUCCUGCGCCAAUGGAACAGAGUGUGAUCGAAGUCAUCUGUGAACGAGGUUGAAGCUCAGAGUGCAGCACAGGCAGCUGGGCACUCCAUACACCGUAUUACAAAACAAUGUACACUAGAAUCGUGCAUCUACAUUUAAAGUCUUUCUAUUACAUAAUCACUGUUAAAUGUUAAAUUAAUUGAUCCAGAUUUUAAUUAAACUGUAAAAAUCUCAUCUCAAACAUUAUAUUACAAGUCAGCUAAAGCCCAGUAAUUGCAAUCCUCAAUGAAAUAAAUGAUAAAAACCCUCUGGGUUAACUCUACUUUCUUUUGUUUGAGGUAUAGAUAGGGCGCUUGUAUUACUGUAAAGAUAUGGAUAAAUCUUCCAACACUAAAGAGAACCAAACAACCCUUGGCUGUUAUGUUGUCAAGAGGGUUAAGUCACUGACUGACAGUGAAUUUGGGGCAGAUCUGCAUUACAUUCCAGGCACAAAGUGCACAUGAGCCUUAAUAUCACAUUAAUAUUAAAAUGUGAGAAAAGAAACCCCGCUCAUCUCCUCUAUCUGCAAAGACAGAAAAAAAGUGAAUUAUCCAUGAUACAAGCUCAACUUCUUUUAGCACGUUCCCCUUGAAGGAACAGUGUUUAAAGUGAAUACACAAUCUGAAUGACUUAAGAGAAAAGUUGUGUCCUGUGGAAAUCUCAUGUAAUAAUAAAUGCUUUUAGGGGUCUUUUGCUGAAUAAUUUGCAAUCUGAAUGUAAUAUGAUUAUGUAAUCCAUGUCUAACACUAAAGUGACUACAGCAGAUUUCUCUUCCCUUCAGGUUAGCUGAUUCUCUGUUUUCUGUGCAUGUCUUCCACAGAUAAACAGUAUGUUUUAGGAAUGGUUAAAAUGUGUAUGUCUACAAUAAAAUUGUAUGAAUGAGA